GCCGCAUGUCAACAUCAUCGUCUGCAUCAGGUCGUCGCUUGACGCAUUCUUUCCAGACGGAACCCGCAGAAAAAGUGUCGCCGCACCGGACUUUUAAUAAAGAUUCACACAUUUUUCGAUUCCAAUCGCAAUCAUUAAAAUGGUCAGCAAGCCGGAAAGUGCUGAUUCCAGCUCCGACAAGAAACGACGCAAAACGAGCAAUUCUAACGCGGUGGAUAAUUCGUCGUCGAAUGCUAAAACAUUGAAGGAGGAUGUUUACAUGAAUACAAUCGCUUUUGAGGAACAGGAGGCUAGCAAACGCUCACCAAUUAAAGAUGCGAACUUGUUCCAUGCCACCUGUGAUGAACUGAGAUCAAUAUUUGCGGACAUCGCCAAACUGAAGGCGGACAGCUCGGAGGAUGCGAAGCAGAAGAUUGCCGAGAAACGAAUCGAAGGAUCGUUGGCAUUUGUGUUGUUGAAAAAGCUGAAUCGCCUUGAUAAAGUGCGCAUUCGGGAAGGCCGCGAUGCUCUGCACAAGGAAAAGCUACGUGUCGACAGCAAUCGUUUGCAGUUGCAAAAUUUACUAUACGAAGCAGAACAUUUGAAGCGCGAAGUACAGCGUUGUUACAUGUUCAAGAGUCAAGAUGAAGAAAUCGAACUUGUGCCGGUGGAGGAGUUUUACGAGCAAGCUCCAGAAUCGGUGUCCCGACCAGAACAAACAAAAGCGGACGAACAUGCACGGCGCAUCGCCCGACUGGAAUGGGAGCUGCAGCAGCGCAAAGAGCUCGAUGCUCACCUGAAGGAACUGCUCACUCUAAAGCAAGCCGUUGAAAAGGAUAUUGUAGGCAAAACGGAGCGCCUGGAUUCGUUGGGUCCCCGUCUGCGCGAUUUACUAAUCGCAACCAGACCACUGCAAGAGGCACUAGAAAUGCCCAUCGAGAAAGGCUGGAAAACGAGGAAAACAGUUCGACUGCUUCCGCAACCCUUGUAUCUGCUCUAUGCCAACGUUACUGCAUAUGGCGAAGCUUGCGAUCAUCUGCUCACGACGUCGAUACAUGGUGAUGAAGAGGAAGCGAAGCAAAUAGCUGCAUCAGGAAAUACGUAUGAAUCGGAAGCUCACUGUGGUCGCGAAUCCGGUAGCAAUUCGCACGAUCGCGUUGACUCGGACAAUGACGAAAACGAUCAUGACGUAGACCGGGGCAUGAAAAAGCGGCAUCACCGGGGGCAUAUGAAAACAAAUCUAGCAGAACAACGGCGCGAGAAACUUUUCAAACCACAUCCUCUUAGUGUGACGAUAAAGAUCCGGGCAAAGGAUUACUCGUCAUCCCUCUCUCCCGAUUCACCCGGUCCGGGACUUUCGUUGACGUUUUUCUAUCUGCCCAACAUGCAGGUGGUAACCAUGAACAUUGCUUUAGUAGAUUUUCAUUCUGUAGGGGCAGCAGCAAGUGACGUUCUCUCCACCGACAGCGUGCUGAAUGAGCUGUUCUGCGGAGAUAGAGGAGAGGAAUGUCCCAAUCCGAAGAUAAAAUACCAGCUGCAGGAUCUUUCAAUAGACAUCAAUCAACUGGCACGCAUGCUAAAGGAAAGGAAUCUCGGCAGCCCUUUUCUUUGGGUGCAGAAAAUUUGCGGUCUAGAGUACAUUUCGACGGCGUACACAUGCGUUCGAGGACUUGACGUCGGAAAUGACAACCUAGAGACUGGCGAUAAAUUGCAUGAAACCAUCCCGUCAAUCAUCCACUCCGUUAGAGCACGAUGGGAGGCACGGUUAAAGCUCUACAAGCAGAUCCACGAUCUCGAGAGCAAAAUGAUAGAUACAUCUGUCAACGAUGAACAUGGACAUCCGAUACGCAUCUCCAGCACAGUACUGCAGUGGAGUUCCAUUUCAUUUGAGGAUUACGUUUCAUCGGGCGUAGCUGGUAUGUUCCUGGAGGAUUCUAUAGCCACUGCUAGUGACCUGUACUUCCGUGCUAUAGUCAUACGCGGCUCGGCUAAACUUGAAAGCUAUAUUUGUGUACCAUGUCGGUAUCCGGAUGCAUCACCGCUGUGGUCGUUCUCAUUACACUGGAAUGGCAAGCAUACGUCGGUAUCGAACAGCUCAGUGAGGGAAAUGGAAUACUGGUGCAACAGUUUGUCGGCACUGGAACACUCGUGUGACAUUCUACCGAAACAAUUAAAACGAGCAAUGUCCUGCUUGGAUAUCUACCUGGAAACCGAAGGACCUUACUACGCGCCAGCAGAGUUUACACAGGACAAAAGCUUUCUCAAACCUUUCCGGGGUCGCACAAGAGCACAACCCUUUCGAAUUGCACCAAACGGUAGCAGUUCCUUGUUUACUCAAAUUUAAUAUGCAUGUACAGAUAGAAAGAACUUAAAACAUGCUAACCAUUUUUUUACAACAUCUUUUUAAAUAUCUAUGUGUGAACAGAAUUGGAAUAGAGCAGAAUAAAACAAUGCAAAAUUUUGCAAAUUUGUGAAAAAAUAA